GCCUCUUUGGAGGGUGGAGGUUCAGGGCUCCCUCAUGCCCUUAGGGUGAGAAAUCACCCCUAAAGGCGAAUGAACCAGAUGGGUCAUCGGCGUAGGAUGCGGAAGGCAAGGGGAAUCCACCGCAUUAAAGAUCCUCAGGAUUUCCCAAGUAUCAGUAGCUAAAUACAGAGCUGCUGCCAACCAAUCCUAGGAUUGAUUACAAAAGAAGAUUAUGUAAGCGGAUGUGACGUCACUGUGCCCUAGCCACAGAUGAGCAUGUUCAUGUUUGAAUUAUGUCAUCUUGAGUUUUGAGUUGUAGAAGAGGAAUGUAAUGUGUAGAAGAAAAUCUAAAGUGCGCUUAAUACAAAGACCUGUUCUCAUGACACACGUUAUAUAAUUGUAUUGAACAAGUAAUUUUUCGGUUGGUGUCACCGUUACUGGCUAUAAAUCAGCAAGAAAAUAAUGGGUGGAGGAAAUUUGAACCUAAAGAAAUCAUGGCAUCCAUCAACAAUGAGGAAUAUGGAGAAAGUAUGGAAGGCAGAACAAAAACAUGACCAAGAGAAGAAGAGAAUAGCUGAACUGCAGCGUGAAAUCAGAGAAGAGAAAGCAAGAGAAGAUAUUCAGAAAUAUGCACAAGAUAAGGGUGUUGUAGAGAAAAAGGAUAAUAUGAAACUGGACUGGAUGUAUAAAGGUCCAGGCGGUAUGGUGGAUAGGGAAGAGUAUCUUCUGGGGCGUGCCAUUGACAAAUCUUUUGAGCAGAUGCAACAUGCAGAAAAGGCAUCUACAUCAAGAAACACUAUUGAACUUGAUUGUCUUCCAAGUUCUAUAUUCUCUGUUGGUGAACAAGUGGAUAUGGCAAGAAAAUUGCAAGAGGAUCCAUUGUAUAUUAUCAAAAAGAUAGAAAUUGAGAGUCAAAGUCAGAUUUUGAAGAAUCCUGUAAAACUGAAACAGUUGCAAGAAUUGGUUAAAGAAGAGAAGUCCAAGAAGACAAAAAAACAUAAAAAAGAUAACAGGAAAAAGAGUGAAAGAAAGAAGAACAGACAUGACAGUGAUUCACAUGAAGAUGCUGGGAAAGAUCUUGAUGCACUUCUGGCAGCCAAAUACAUGAAACUCAAAGAGAAGCUGUCUGAUAAUGAUAUUGCAAAGCUCAAAAGGAGUCUGAAUGAAAGUGCAGACACUGAUGCCCGUUACAGAAACAAAGCAGGUAACAAGCAGAAAGCAGUGUCUUACAGAAAAAGGAAACAUGAAUCAGGUUCUUCGGAGGAAGACAAGAAUGACUGCCAACCUACCAGAAUGUAUGGUUUACAGAGAACUGGAUCUAGAGGUCAUUCUGACAGAAUAAAUCAUCAUCAUCAUCAUCAUCAAAUACUAGGAAUUCAGCAAACAGGAGUUUCAUCUCAGGCACAGUCUGCACCACCCAAGAAGGUAUGGGUUAAACAUGAGAGGCAGAAGCUCGGCAACAACGAAAUAGAACAGAGAAGACAAGAAAUGAUGGACAAUGCUAGAUGGCGAGAAAAAGAAAGGGAAAAGAAUAUUGCAAGCUACAAAGCUCAAGAUGAAAAAGAAAAGAAACAAAACAAAGAAUAUAAAGGAGACUUUCUCAGGAAACAACUCUCAUAUGCAGCUUCUCAGGGCUCCAUUGAAGGUCGAAUAAAGGCAAAUAUAAAUAACAUUCAACGCUCUGGAAGAGAGAUGAAUAAGAACUUUGCUCGGAGAUGAUAUCAUAAAUUGCAGUUCCAGCUAUAUUCAGUUACCUUUCUAUGGCAUAGCCUUGCUAGCAUGGUACAGGGACAGAAAACUUUUAAUAUUAAAUUUCUUCACCAAAUAAAUCUGACACUGUAUGUUACUGAGAAAAAUGUAUUAUUGUAUUUAUAUGAUAGAAAUGCAUUUUGUAAAACUGA